AAUAAGGUGAACCGUCAUUCCCUAAGCCGGCGAUUAAUUAAUUCAGCGAUCAUGACCUUCAUCUUUCAUAAUUCGGCUUCCAACCUGCGUAAUGAGUCCGAGGACAUUGGUAUAUAAAUCUAAACCUUCAGAAGAAACUUCAGCGCUCUAAAAGAACCCAUUCGCUUCGAACAUUCACACCAACAAUACCUAACUCCAACCUGCUCACAGGUGAUCUGACAGUUGGCCAUCCACUAUCACAUCUGAACUAGAACAACCUGCCGUCAUGUGCUUUGGUGCGACUUGCCCAACAUGCUCGAAGAAAUCGUGGCGUGGGUGCGGUAACCACGUUCAACAAGUCUUCGACGGAGUGCCACAGACUGAAUGGUGUACUUGUGCUCCCAAAACCAAGAUCGGCGGCAAGGAAUAUCCUCCUGCGGCUCCCAUGCAGAUUCCGGGCCUGAGUUGGAUUUCUGGCAUGCUUGGGGGAGGUAAUCGUCAAAAUCCUGGCAGUGAUAAGAAGCCGGAGCUAUGAAGUUAUAUGGACAUCAUAUCUCUGCCACGCUAUCAAUCAGCUGUUUGGAUAACAUGAAUGCGGGGAUUUGCAGGGGUGAGAGGUCCGGAAGUCGGUAGUUUGAACUUCAUGACAUGAAAUAGGGCGUCGAGUCAUAUGCAUAAAUGCCGGGGUUGGGGUUUGGAGUAUGGGGAAGUUUCAACAUUGGUUGUUUGUAUGGAUAGUAGACGUGCGUGAGGUGUUGGACGAAUUAUGGGGAAGUUGUACUAUGUAAAUCGAUAUACCAUAGAUGAACGGGAAUAGAAAUUCAAACAUUUUUUAUUUCAAGA